GUUCCAGGGGCCGGCUAGUGACGGCGAGCGGCGGCGGGGCGCCGGGACGCGCGGGUGCGGCCUGGCGAGGAGACGGCCCCGCAGGCGCCCGGGGCAGCGAACGGCAUCCUGGGUUUUCGGGCCAAAGUCCUCCACGUCCAUCAAUUGCAGAAAUGGAACAAGAAAAAGUCAACGGGAACAAGGAGCCGUGUGCAGAGGCAUCUUCGUACCGCUGUUCUGCAUGCCAUGGGGACGAGGACUGGGGCCCGGGCCACCCACUCCGGGGCCGCUCCAAGUCCCGCAGCCUGUCGGCCGCACCUGUCCUGGCCAGCGCCCGUGAGUUCAGGAGGACCCGCUCCCUGCACGGGCCAUGCCCAGUGACCACGUUUGGACCAAAGGCCUGCGUGCUUCAGAAUCCCCAGACCAUCAUGCACAUCCAAGACCCUGCCAGCCAGCGGUUGACGUGGAACAAGUCCCCGAAGAGUGUCCUCGUCAUCAAGAAGAUCCGGGAUGCCAGCCUGCUGCAGCCCUUCAAGGAGCUCUGUGCGUACCUGAUGGAGGAGAACAACAUGGUCGUGUAUGUGGAGAAGAAGGUUCUGGAAGACCCCGCCCUCUUGAGCGAUGACCACUUCGGGCCAGUGAAGAGGAAGUUCUGCACCUUCAGAGAAGAUUACGAUGACAUCUCCAAUCAGAUCGACCUCAUCAUCUGCCUGGGGGGCGACGGGACCCUGCUAUAUGCCUCCUCCCUCUUCCAGGGUAGCGUGCCUCCAGUCAUGGCAUUCCAUCUGGGCUCCCUGGGCUUCCUGACCCCCUUCAACUUCGAGAACUUUCAGUCGCAAGUUACGCAGGUGAUACAGGGGAACGCAGCUGUUGUUCUCCGGAGCCGGCUGAAGGUCAGGGUCGUGAAGGAGCCCCGAGGGAAGAAGGUGGCCGUCCCCAAUGGCAUCAGCGAGAACGGGGUGCUGGCUGCAGGCCUGGACGUGGAGGUUGGGAAGCAGGCUGUGCAGUACCAGGUCCUGAACGAGGUGGUGAUCGACAGAGGCCCCUCCUCUUACCUGUCCAACGUGGACGUCUACCUGGAUGGGCACCUCAUCACCACAGUACAGGGCGAUGCCUGUCCCGCAGGCGUGAUCGUCUCCACCCCGACGGGCAGCACAGCGUAUGCGGCCGCCGCAGGGGCGUCCAUGAUCCACCCCAACGUGCCCGCCAUCAUGGUCACGCCCAUCUGCCCCCACUCGCUGUCCUUUCGGCCCAUUGUGGUGCCCGCGGGGGUUGAGCUGAAGAAUCAGAGUCCUCUGAGCCCCCCACACGUGCGCUGCUUGACCCUUCAGAUCAUGCUGUCACCAGAGGCAAGGAACACUGCAUGGGUGUCUUUCGAUGGCCGAAAGAGACAGGAGAUCCGCCACGGAGACAGCAUUAGCAUCACGACCUCUUGCUACCCGCUUCCCUCCAUCUGCGUCCGUGACCCCGUGAGCGACUGGUUCGAGAGCCUGGCACAGUGUCUGCACUGGAAUGUGCGGAAGAAGCAGGCCCACUUCCCGGAGGACGAGGAGGACCCGGACGAGGAGGGCGGGGAGGAGCGGGCGGGGAGCUAGGCCGGUGCCCUGUCUGUGCUCUGUGAACGUCACGGGCCCCGCGCCACUUGUCUCUGGCCAGAGGAAGGGCCUGCAGUCUGCCUUGUGUCGACCAGAUCAGUUGUUUUUAACGUUUUAAAUCUGACUUUUCCGCAUUUCUAAACAAGCCAGUCAGCAGGCCACACAAGCUCUGAAGUCAGCCCAGGCACACCCACCAGGCAAGCAGUCAGAGCCCACUCCAGUUGGGGAUGGCCGAGCCAGGUGGUUAUGGCUGAGCUGGGUGGUGGGCUCCUUGUGAUUCCUUGUCAGGAAACUUCCACGAAUCAGUCUAUUGAAAUUGAGAGGGGAUCAGAAUGAAUGGGUCUAUCCUACAGUCUUGAAAAUAAACGUCUCACGGCCAAAAAUCUCCCUUCAGCUUCACAAUGUCCCUGAAAGCCACUGGGGGGAGUUUGUGCCGAAGCUGCUCCCCAGCCAGGCCUCCUGCCUCAGUCCCCAGGCCUGGUCUCCUCCCUGCUUCCGGUGAUGCCAUGGCAGGCAGGGGUUGGACCACACACAUUCCUCGGGAAGCAGGGGUGUGCCUCCCCACCCUGGAAGGUGUUUUCAAUCCUGUGUCUACUUUUUAGAGAUUCUUUUAAACUUUUCUGAGAGUGCUUAUGUACAGAUUUUCUUGUACACACUGUGAGAUUUCUGCGGGAGGGCUUGUGCUGUGAAGUGGGACCAUUCUGUGCUGCCCAGGUGGCCAUCUAGAGAGCUGGGUGGCUCUGCUCAGAAGGUCUGGCACUUGGUGGACCGGGAAGGCAUGCUUCUGCUCUGGCUUCUCCCCAGGGGCCUGGCUUCGAGGGUACAUCUGUCAUUCCAGCCCCUAUGCCUCUAUUGCUGGCUGACCGGCUGCCUGGGGCUGGGCCCACAUGGAGUCUUGUGAGGGUUGUGGUCAGUGGGCCUCUGGUUACUGGUGCCUAACGGGUGUCCUGGUUUUGAGUAACUGAAUUCUUUCUGAGCUGCGUUUUCACCUGUGAAAUUGGCCAGAAACGAUGGAGGGCCUGUACUUUCUCGAACUCACUUCUGGAGGGCCAGAGGCCAGGAGGUUGAGCUCCGCCCGUCUGGAACGUGAUGGUCUGAUAGGAGGGCAUCUGGGGCUCCAGGGCCGGCCCUGCAGCCUGAGCACCGUGGGCACUGUUCACGUGUCUGUUGAGAGCUGUCCACCCGAGUGGCUGGCUGGGCAGCUCGGCCAGUGCUGGGGUGGAAAUGGGCUCCUACCCUCUGCCCGCGAGCUGCAGCACAGAGCGUGGCCCACCAGGCCUCCCACAGGCUGAGGGGGCAACACCCCCAGCUUUAGCUCCAGAAGAGUGGUCAGAAUGCAGGUCACGCAUUCAGACAACAGAGCAGGUGCAGACCAAGUCCUGCAGAAUGAUGGGGAAUGACCUAGGAAACUUUGGGUUUUUGAAGUAAAUUCUUAAUGUUUCAUAUUGUUAAUAUCUUGAAAUUUGUUAAAUGUUGAAAG